AAGUGGGGAGGGAGGCAGAAGAGAAUUGAUAUUAACUCUGGAGGUCAAAGAACAGGGAUAGGAAUGGGGUGGGAGCUAUCAGGGAAAUUGGAAGGACAGGAGAGCUUCAGCACACCCCAUGCUUGCUGUCAUCCACAGGCUAUCUCCAUGACUUCGGCAUCAUCCAUCGAGAUGUGAAGGUAGUUAAAUGCUUUUUGUUUAAGGAGGGACUUCAGUAAGACGUUCCAACAGGUCCAAGAAGGCGGGAGGAGCUGCUGAGAACAGUUGACCUUGGGGCCCUCAUGGGUGUUAAGGAUUUGGGCAAGGGCCCUCCAAGUAUAGACCUGGAUGCUGAGCUAGGGCGUCUUCUUCAGCUGGGGGGUAUAGUAUACAUGAUGAAAGAGGACUGAAAGGAAGAGGAUGAAUAACUUCUCACCUGUGAUUUUUCAGAUGGAGAAUAUCCUUCUGGAUGAACGAGGCCAUCUGAAACUGACAGACUUUGGCCUGUCCCGCCACCUGCCCCAAGGAACCCGAGCCUAUACUAUCUGUGGCACUCUUCAGUACAUGGCCCCAGAGGUCCUCAGUGGAGGGCCUUACAACCAUGCUGCUGAUUGGUGGUCCCUGGGUGUCUUGCUUUUCUCUCUGUCAACUGGAAAGUUCCCAGUGCCCGCAGAGAGAGAUCAUGUGGCCAUGUUGGCAAGUGUGACCCACUAUGACUCUGCGAUCCCAGCUUCUCUUAACCAGGGGCUCUCACUCCUGCUCCACGAGCUAUUAUGCCAGAAUCCCUUCCACCGUCUACGUUAUUUGCAUCACUUCCAGGUCCACCCUUUUUUUCGGGGUGUGGCCUUUGACCCAGAGCUCCUACAGAAGCAUCCAGUGAACUUUGUCAUGGAGACACAAGCUACCCAGCCCAGUCCAUCAUCGGAGUCCAUGUUCUUCAAGGACUUUGACUGUAAUCUGGAGUCCUUCCUGGUGCACCCCAGCCUGGCUUGAGCUCCUCUACUGUAGUUGGGGCUCAUCUGGGAACCUGAGGACCUCCUCUGCUGCCAAUUCAGUGUGACCACCUUGAUGAUUCAGUUUGUUUUUACUUUGUAGCCUCUUAUCAUUCUGUUCCUCUAGGUGUUGGACCAGAGUUCACACUGGGCAUUCUGCGGUUGGUAGUCACAAUGCCCUAGUCCUUACCCCAUCAUACAACCCAUCUCUCAGUUCAACAUCUCAGAUCAGAGUGUGGACCUUUUCCUUUGUUUCAUUUCUCCAGUGUUUAUACCCUGCAGUUUUUAGCCAAAAGUUUAUUCCACUUUUCCUUCUCCUUGUUUCUGUGCCAUGUUUCUUUUGGUGAGCAAUAAUAGCACUUCAUAGGUUCCCAAGGUGCUGCUAUUUAUGUGUUUAAUAGGCUUGUCAGAAGCAGUAUGAAUGUUUUCCAGAGGUCUCAAAAGCUGGUAUUAGUUUCAACCCUUAAAUAUGCAGGUAAAACAUAUGAUCUGGGGGCUCAAAGUCAGUCUAACUUUUAAAAAGUGAAUCUAAUAGCCUACUGUGAGGAAGAGAAUAAGAAAUGAAACAUGGGUGGGUUAAAUGUCUUUUCUAGGGGGUAAUUGGAAUAGCUAUACAGAUUUUUUCUGAAACAAAACCUCUUUGAAAGACACAAGGAUUCUUAAACUGAUCACUUCCCUAGAUGGCCCAGGUUUCAGUUGGUGAUGGGCAAACCAAGGGAUUAAGAGGCAUGACAUCAACCUUGAGAUUUAAGAUCAGAGAUGUAACUCAAGAACCUUUUCCUUUAGGAAAAUCAUCUGGGCCUUAAAUUUGUAUACAUUUCUGGCCUUUGUGACUUGUUUUCAUUUUUCUUAAACCAACUUCUUAAAAGUUUCAUUUUCGUUAUUCUUCAGUUAUACCUGAUCUCUCUUUCCAAACCAAAGAGAGUCUGGGAAGUAUUCUGAGUACUAUUUAUUAAUUUUGUCCCUGGAUUAAGCCAGAUUUGCCCUGUACAUAGCUGGCAUUUUACUGGCCUCUGCAGAACUGCUUUUUCUGAGUUGUACUUUGGCAGUCCAUAUGAAAAUCCCUAUGAAAUUUAAUUGCUGUGGGUACUGCAAAGAGUGUUUAUCAUUAUAAUUCAUAAUGUUCUAUAUAAGGAUGCAUGGAAGAAAUUUUCUCUGAACCCAGUUAUUCUUUUCCUGAAUUGCUGGUUUAUACCUUAAAGACAGUAAAUAUUCAACUGACUCUAUUUUUCUUUUCAUAUUGAUGCUAGAACACUUAGAUCCCAGUUUGUGGCGCACUUCCAGCAAGUGUUUAGGACCUAAUGUUAUGUUUUGUAUGCUAGCCAUGUUCUUGGUUCCAUCAUCUUCCUGUUUGACCUUUCUUUACUUUCCUUAUUCUCUUCUCAUUUUUCUGUUUUAGUCCUUUUUUAAACAUCUUACUAGAUUAUCUCCAUCUUUGUAAGCCUUUUAGAAUGAAGUUGAGAUAUAAAUAAAUAAGUGAAUGUAUCCUUGAUCCUUUUGAUUAUCCCAUUUGU